AUGCAGGCCUCCAUUCUGUCUAUGUUCACUAUCCUCGCUGGCGUCACACUGGCGCAGACGGUAGAGUGGACUGACAUUCCCAAUAUCUGCCGCCCAGCCUGCGCCUACACGAUCAACUUGUCUCAGGGCUGCGCGCAUAACACCAAUGAUGAGUACCUGAACUGCGUUUGUGACAAGCCGCAAUCGCCGAAUUGGAUCCCCAGCUGCGAAGCCUGCGUGGCUACUUUCUGGGAUUCCAACAACGAUGUCAAGAGUCUCCUCAAUUCUUGCUCGUUCACCACCACGGCUUGGACCGGUGUCACCACAGCCACCGGCAGCGAGACUGCAACCGCGACCGGAGCUGCGUCGAGUACUGUCGACGGAACACUCUCUGGCAACAGUGCGAGCUCGACUGCUGCUGUGGGCACUACAACUUCUCGGAGCUCAACGAUCUCGAGCACAUCGAGCGCGACAAGUUCUGAGUUCACCGGUGCGGCUGCCCCCCUUGCAACUGCCGGGAUCGGAAUGGUGGCGGUCCUCAUGGGCUUUCCUGUGAUUUUUUGA